CAGGGACCUGCACCGGGACCUGGUGCAGAUACCCUUUGAAACACUCUGUCUAGAGUGACAGACAGUCAGAUCUUCACCCGUACGAGGAUAUUCCUGCCUGCACACAUGCCUGGCCUCAGCAACACUUUUAUCAGCUGCCUGUGAAAAAGAAACUGUUUACAUAGCCCACAGCGAUGAGGUGGUCAGAUGAUUGCAGCCCAGCAGGAAAAGGGCAUCAAAAGAUGAGAAGUGACGGCAUGCUGGUGGGAGGUUGAGCACAGGGAUGUAACGGACCAGUAAAGAUGACCCUGUUGGCGGGUGAUGGUUCUGACUAUGACUACAGUGCCCUGAGCUGUGUCUCUGAUACCUCCUUCAACCCGCCUCCCCUACAGGAAGUGGAGGCUCGUAAGGGAGCCUUCUACAAGAGGGCUCAGUGUGCCCCUGAACUCAGCACCAUCCAUGAUGACGCACCACUGUCCAGCGCCCGAAAACUCCACGCCAUCAUCAACGUGGGUGGUCUGCGUUACCAGCUGCCUUGGACCACCUUAGAGGACUUCCCCCUGUCUCGCCUGGGCCAGCUGCACCUCUGCAGCAGCUUUGAUGAGAUCAUGCGCAUCUGUGAUGACUAUGACGUUACAAACAAUGAGUUCUUCUUCGACCGAAGCCCCUGUGCCUUCCGCACCAUCCUGACCUUCUUGAGGGCGGGUAAGCUGCGGUCCCUCAGGGAGAUGUGCGCCCUCUCCUUCAGGGAGGAGCUGCUCUACUGGGGGGUCCCUGAGGAGAGCCUGGAGUGGUGCUGUCGCCGGCGCCUGCUGCAGCGUAUGGAGGAGUUUGAAGCCAUGGAAAGAGCAGAGGAGGAGGAGGAGGAGGGACUCUUGGAGGAUCUGUUGGAUUCAGACAGUGGCCACAGGGAGCAUCCAGCAGAGUCCAGACUAAAUCGAUGCAUGGGAAAGUUAAGAGACAUGGUGGAGAGGCCUCACUCGGGCCUCCCGGGGAAGAUCUUUGCUUGUUUGUCAGUGUUGUUUGUCACCAUCACUGCCAUCAACCUAUCCAUCAGCACCAUGCCUGCCAUGAGGGAAGAGGAGGAGGCGGGCACAUGCUCCCAGAUGUGCUACAACAUCUUCAUUGUGGAGACGGUCUGUGUGGCCUGGUUCUCCCUGGAGUUCACCCUGCGCUUCAUUCAAGACCGCAGCAAGCUGACCUUCCUCAGGCAGCCACUGAAUCUGAUAGAUGUGGUGGCCAUCCUGCCGUACUACAUCACACUGCUGGUGGACAGCACCUCUAAAGGGGAGAAGCGGCUGGGCUCUGGCAGCAGCUACUUGGACAAAGUGGGCUUGGUGCUGCGCGUCCUGAGAGCCCUGCGCAUCCUCUAUGUGAUGCGGCUAGCUCGCCAUUCCCUGGGCUUGCAGACUCUGGGACUGACAGCACGCCGCUGCACACGAGAGUUCGGACUGCUCCUCCUCUUCCUGUGUGUGGCCAUUGCACUGUAUUCCCCCCUGCUGUACUUGAUUGAGAAUGAAAUGGCCGCCACUCAGGAGUUCACUAGUAUCCCUGCUACCUACUGGUGGGCUGUUAUCACCAUGACGACAGUGGGUUAUGGGGACAUGGUGCCAAGGAGCAUCCCUGGUCAGGUGGUGGCUCUGAGCAGCAUCCUGAGUGGGAUCCUCCUCAUGGCUUUCCCCGUCACCUCCAUCUUCCACACCUUCUCGAGGUCCUACGUGGAGCUGAAGCAGGAGCAGCAGAGGCUGCUGCAGAGGAGGACACACUUUCUGCUGCGGGGCCGCAUGGCCAGCCUGGGCAGCAACCUCUCCUUAGAGAGUGAUAUGCUUUUCCCAAUAGGGUCGUCUGACACCAGGGACAUGGACGACUGAGACUCAUGGGACGGGACAGGGCAUGAAAGACUGAAAGAGAAGAAGAGGAAGGAUACAGUAGAGAGUGAAGCUGUGAGGAGGAGAGAAAGACAAAGAAAGUAUCAGAGAGGGAUGGUGGGAUAAGAAAGCAAGAUAAAGAGGAGAAAGGGAUUCUCUUCCUCCCAUAGAUGCAGCCUUUCUGUGUAGCAGUGAACUU